GGUGCAGACGCCCUUCGAGGGCCUCUCGGACGCCCUGCUGGAGCGCUGGGUGGCCAGCUCGUUCUACCUCAUGUGCGCCGACCGCUGGCUCACGCUGCGCCUGAACCUGCUGGGCACGGCCAUCACGCUCGUCACCGCCAUCCUCCUGGUGCACGGGCGGGAGACCACCGGGGCGGCCGCGGCGGGACUGACGCUCCUCUACGCGCUCAAGGCCCCUUGGCGAGUGACACCGGCGCCCAGUCCCGAUUGGCCGAGCCACGGUGCUGUUCGGUUUGCAGGCUUCAGCACUCGCUACCGGCCUGAACUGAACCUUGUGCUCAGGAACGUCAAUUUGAACAUCGAUCCGUCCGAGAAGGUGGCCCUUGUGGGACGCACGGGGUCCGGCAAGUCGUCGCUGACGCUGUCGCUGUUCCGCAUAUUGGAAGCCGCCACGGGAAACAUCUUCAUCGACGACGUCGACAUCUCGGCGCUGGGGUUGCACGACCUGCGCACCAAGCUCACCAUCAUCCCACAGGACCCUGUGCUGUUCGCGGGAUCGUUGCGCAUGAACCUGGACCCAAAUGAGGAGUAUAGCGACGAGCAGGUGUGGGCGGCACUGGAGAAGGCGCACCUCAAGCGCUUCUUCCAGAACAAGCCGGGGAACAUCUCCUUCCUCGUGGAGGAGGAGGGACAAAACCUCAGCGUGGGCCAGCACCAGCUCAUCUGUCUGGCCCGAGCGCUCCUGCGCAACACCAAGGUGCUAGUGCUGGACGAGGCCACAGCGUCCGUGGAUCCGGACACGGACGGCCUGGUACAGCGCACCAUUCGCCGGGACUUCGGCCACUGCACCGUCAUCACGGUCGCUCACCGCCUACAGACCAUCAUGGACGUGGACAGGAUCGUGAUGAUGAGGGACGGCGAAAUCGUGGAGGUCGGGUCGCCCGAAAAGCUGUUACGCGACCGUGAGUCCGCCUUCCACGCCAUGGCCCGGGAGGCUGGACUUACCAGGACGGAAUCCGACGCUGCCUCGGGAACCACCGUCGUCCUAGACGCCUGACGACGACGCCUUGUUGGAGGCGUAAAACAAGCUAUUGAAAAAUCACUUCUUUUUUUUUAAGUAUGUUUUUUAGCAGUGCAGCUGCAUGUAUACGUGUUCGGACGAAACUCGUUUGAAAAUGUAAAUAAAAGUAGCAAUUAGGAAGAUAGACAAAUAGCACCGUUCUUCAGCCCACGUAGAGGAGGUU